AAGUCACAUCUGUGACUGCAUCCAAGGGCUCACGGCUGGAAUACUUCACCGUUACCGCUGGAGAUGAAUUUCUUUAAACAACUAUCACAUCAACUAUCACAUAUUCUCAGGAGGAGCGGUAGCAGGGCACAUUUAUUAGAGAACAACGGCAGCACACAAGCAGAUUAUGACCAGGAUGUAGGAGAGCACCGUGGGAGGGUUCCGCUACUUGAGCUUGUCAGGGAUCACCCUGCUGCUGCCUCCUGCUCCGCUGUGGAUGGUUGUCUCUCCAAAACACCCGAGUCUGUUUUGGAAGAGCAGACAAGGGUUUGUGUGGAUCACCUCAUACAAAGAUCAGAGCCCAUGCACCUCCCAGAGCCACCAGCAGACCUGGACCAGGACCUCCAGCAACACCUGAGCCACCUGCAGGAGGCCGUAUGCAAUGAGCUCAUACGGCUGGCUCACGCUUUGGAGGCCAGGGGCCUGAUGGGGCAACAGGUAAACUUCAAUCACUGUCAGAUAUUCAAUCACCUGGACUGUCUGCUCCUGAAGGUCAGCUCCUUCAAGAAUUGCUUCAUCUUAAUGAACUGGGGCCUGAAAACCUAUUUGAGUCAGGAGAUGCUUGGUCACCCUGACCUUAGAGAAAUGGAUCCUAUAAAACAUGUGGACAUCCUGCUGCUCUCAGAAUGGGGGGUGAAGGCCAAGAACAAGCUGCUUGAAAAAGCACAGGAAGAGAUGAGAGUUCAACUGGAGAACAUCCUGCAGCAUCACAGACAGCAAGACGUCUGUGACGGCAACACAGACGAAGCCUUUGUUCAAACCUAUGUGGACGCUAUUGGGUGCAUCGCUGCCAUGCCUCGGAACGCACAACGCAUCAGCUCUAAACUGUCGUACGAAGUCAAAGAGGUUGGUUUCCAAGAGCUGUACAUAUUUGUGGAGAGGUACAGAGAAGAGCAGACCAAAGUUCUCAAGAAGAUGGAGAAAACAGACAAACUGGAGAUGAUACAGUUUUUCAAGACUUUGAAGACGUGUCAGGAACUCAAGAAGCACAUCCAGACUGAAGGAGAAGAAAUCAGUAGCUCGCUUUGUAAGGAAAUCUUGGAAAUGCUUAAAAAAAUAGAAGAUUUGACUCUAGAACUUCUGAGGGGCGUUGUAACAAAGGUGGCGAAGAAGCACCUUCAGCGUUACUUCCAGUCAGACAAACAGCAAUUUGUGCUGUUGAUUGAUUCAGUGAGUAGGAUGUUUCCACGUCUGGAGAACUGUGACCAAACAGUGACUCUUGAAGUCUGCAAGAUCCUCGUCCAUAGUUACAUCAAGUAUCUUCUAAAAACAAAGGUGAAGAAACUGCAGCGGUGCUGGAACCCUGAUGUCGGUGAAGCAGUGAGUAAAGAUGCUGGCUGGCUUCACGCCAUCAUGUCGGACCUGGCUCCCGGCGUGCAGGAGUGGAGCAAUAAGAUGAAGAAAAUCGAGGAGGUGCUGGACUGCAGCGACAUCAACGCUCUGAAACUGAUCGUUGCUGCAAUGCAGAAGGACAGUUUAAUAGCGAGUGAGGACCUGCACAGGCUGCUGCGAUGGAAGGGUCUUUCCAAACGGGACGUCAGGGAGGUGCUGGACGCCAUUUGUGACGACUACAACCCCGGAGCAUCAUCCAGAGCCUGGUGCUCAUGUCUGGGGAGCUGAAGAGGGUCCUUCUCAGAUGAUCUCUGAUCUCAGAGAUCCUGUACGAACUCUCAGGACCUGAAGAAACACUUUUAGGUCCGACUCUGCUGCUACUGAGUAGUGUUGCCCUUCAGGUUGAGGUACACAGAAUUUUUUCAUAGACUUUAUCUAAAAAUCUGCUCGGCAUCUAUUCUGGAUCUUAUUUAUUGUUGGUGAUUGGUCCGUUUACUGCUCUUAAUGUAUUGGCUUGUACAUUUGUACAUGCUGCCUUUUUGUAGUGUUUGUACUCGUACAAAGCUGUUCGAGCACUUGGAGGUUCUUACGUCAUGUUAAUAGUUUUAAUAGGUUUUUUAUGUAUCUAUUUUUAUGUUUUUCACCACAGACAGAUCCUCUACUAUAAGAGCUGCCUUUUGUGCUGUUGAGUUUCCAUUAGUGUAAUUUACUAAAUUGUUUAAUGUUGACUUUUGGUUUUAAUGAUUUACAGUCUCUCUUUAAAGUAUAUAGUUCUGCUUUGCCCACGACCCAGAAUGGGGAAAAAAAUGGAUGAAUGGAUGAUCUGCUUAGGUGAAUUUCAUUUACUUCUGUAAUCAUUUAUAAUCCAUCCUUGGAUUUUUAGUUACUAGGAAGCAACUUACACUUUUCUUUUUCCGUCGUCAGUGUAAUGAAGAA